AUGGAGGAGCCUGGGGCUACCCCUCAGCCUUACUGGGGGCUGCUCCUGGAGGAGCCGCGCAGGGUUGUGGCAGCACUGCCUGAAGGCAGGGGACCAGAUUCGACUCCUUAUGGUUUUCCAUGGGAGUUGGUGAUAUGUGCAGCUGUCAUUGGAGUUUUUGCUAUUCCCCUUUUCUUGUGGAGAAGUUUUAGAUCAGUUAGGAGUCGGCUUUAUGCGGGAAGAGAGAAAAAGCUUGCUGAAGCGCUUUCUGGACUAAUUGAAGAAAAAUGUAGAUUACUUGAAAAGUUUAGCCUUGUUCAAAAAGAGUAUGAAGCCUAUGAAGUAGAGCCAUCUUUAGAGGAUGCCAGCUCUGAGAAAGAGGCAACAGAAGCACAAAGUUUGGAGGCAACCUGUGAAAAGCUGAACAGGUCCAAUUCUGAACUUGAUCAUGAAAUACUCUGUCUAGAAAAAGAGUUAAAAGAAGAGAAAUCUAAACGUUCUGAACAAGAUGAAUUGAUGGCGGAUAUUUCCAAAAGGAUACAGUCUCUAGAAGAUGAGUCAAAAUCCCUCAAAUCCAAAGUAGCUGAAGCCAAAAUGACCUUGAAGAGAUUUCAAAUGAAUGAAGAACGACUGAAGAUAGCAAUACAAGAUGCUUUGAAUGAAAAUUCUCAAUGUCAGGAAAGCCAGAAACAGCUUUUGCAAGAAGCUGAAGUAUGGAAAAAACAAGUAAGUGAACUUAAUAAACAGAAAAUAACAUGUGAAGACUCCAAAGUACAUGCAGAACAAGUUCUAAAUGAUAAAGAAAAUCACAUCGAGACUCUGACUGAAUGCUUGCGAAAGAUGAAAGAUUGGGCUGCUAUGCUGGAAGAAGACAUAACAGAUGAUGGUAACUUGGAAUUAGAAAUGAACAGUGAAUCAGAAGGUGGUGCUUACUUAGAUAAUCCUCCGAAAGGAGCUUUGGAGACACUGAUUCAUGCAGCUAAGUUAAAUACUUCGUUAACAACCUUAGAAGGAGAAAGAAACCGAAUUUAUAUUCAGUUAUCUGAAGUUGAUGAAACCAAGAAGGAGCUCAGAGAGCAUAUUAAAAAUCUUCAGACGGAAAAAGCAUCUUUGCAGUUGGAAAACGCACACUUUGAAGGUGAGAAUCAGAAACUUCAACAGAAAGUUAAAGUAAUGACUGAACUAUAUCAAGAAAAUACAAUGAAACUCUACAGGAAUUUAAUAGUAGAGGAAAAUAACCGGUUAGAAAAUGAGAAACUUUCUAAAGUAGAUGAAAUGAUCAGCCAUGGCACUGAAGAGCUGGAGACCUGCAGAAAGCGAGCCAAAGAUCUUGAAGAAGAAUUUGAGAGAACUAUGCGUUUUUAUCAAGGGAAGAUUAUUUCCUAUGAGAAAAAAGUACAUGGUAAUUGUUUGGCAGCAUGCACUGCUGAAAGAAACCUCAAUGAUUUAAGGAAAGAAAAUGCUCACAACAGACAAAAAUUAGCUGAAACAGAGUUUAAAAUGAAACUUUUAGAAAAAGAUCCGUAUGCGCUUGAUGUUCCAAAUACGGCAUUUGGCAGAGAGCAUUCCUCAUAUGGUCCCUCUCCACUGGGUCAGCCUGCAUCUGAAACGAGAGCUUUUCUCUAUCCUCCAACUUUGUCGGAGGGUCCACUGAGACUCUCACCUUUGCUUCCAGGGGGAGGAGGAAGAGGCCGAAGAGGCCCAGGGAAUCCUCUGGACCAUCAGAUUACCAGUGAAAGAGGAGAAUCAAGCUGUGAGAGGUUAACCAGUCCUCACAGGGCUCCUUCUGACACUGGGCGCCUGUUGCCUCCGUGGGAACAGGACCGUAGGAUGAUGUUUCCUCCACCAGGACAAUCAUAUCCUGAUUCAACUCUUCCUCCACAAAGGCAAGACACAUUUUAUUCUCAUUCUGCUAGACGCUCUGGACCAGCAGAACUCAGAAGUUUUAAUAUGCCUUCUUCAGAUAAAAUGGACGGGUCAAUGCCUUCAGAAAUGGAAUCCGGCAGAAAUGAUACCAAAGAUAAUCUUGGUAAUUUAAAUGUGCCUGAUUCAUCUCUCCCCGCUGAAAAUGAAGCAACUGGCCCUGGCUUUGUUCCUCCAGCUCUCGCUCCAAUCAGAGCUCCAAUGUUGCCAGUGGAUGUGAGGGGCCCGUUCAUGAGAAGAGGACCUCCUUUCCCUCCACCUCCUCCAGGAACCAUGUUUGGAGCUUCUCCAUAUUAUUUUCCACCAAGGGGUGUCCCAGGUCCCCCACGUGCUCCAUUUGCAAUGAGAAAUGUCUAUCCACCGAGGGGUUUUCCUCCUUACCUUCCCCCAAGACCUGGAUUUUUCCCCCACCCACACAUUCUGAAGGUAGAGUGAGUUCCCUUCAGGGUUGAGUCUGCCUUCAAAUGAGCCUGCUACUGAAGAUCCAGAACCACGGCAAGAAAACUGCCAAUAUUUUUGCUCUCUUCAAAAGUCAUUUUGACUGUUCUCAUUUUCAGUUGAAGUAACUGCUGUUACUUCAGUGAUUACACUUUGCUCAAAUUGAAACUUAAUGGAAUUAUAAUUCUCAGGAUAGUAUAUUGUAAAUAAGAAUGAUUUAAAUAUGAAUCUUAUGAGUAAAUUAUUUCCAUUUUAUUUUAUUCUAGAUAGUAUAACUAUUUUAAUUUGAUUAAUCCACUAUUAUCUAAACAAUAGUGGGAGUUUUAUAUAUGUAAUCUUGCAGGUGGGGAGGUUUUAAAUUCUAAAGGCCUUGUCCUUAUUCCAAGAACUGUAUUUACUGUAGUUGUAGACAAAUGUGAAAGUAACUUUAUGCUUAAUUAAAUAAAUUUUAGUUGAUUUAAAAA